AUGCCCGCCAAGGUCAAGGCGUACGAACUCCAAUCCAAGUCGAAGAAUGACUUGUCGAAGCAACUCGUCGAGCUCAAGAACGAGUUACUCACUUUGCGUGUGCAGAAAAUCGCCGGCGGGUCUGCAUCCAAGCUUACCAAAAUAAACACUGUCCGGAAAUCCAUUGCCCGCGUUUUGACUGUGAUGAACCAAAAGGCUCGCCAAAAUCUGCGCGAGUACUACAAGAACAAGAACUACCUCCCUCUUGAUCUCAGGGCGAAGAAAACCCGAGCCAUCCGGCGGCGUUUGUCCAAGCACGAUGCCUCGUUAAAGACCUUGAAGCAGAGAAAGAAGGACCAGAACUUCCCUCUGCGGAAAUACGCGGUCAAAGCAUAG